UCAUUUCAAAGAGUUACUCUGGCUUUAAUAAUUUUACAACAAAUUGUCGACGAGCUUACAAUCGCUCUCACGUUGUUCACUUCUGUUACAAAACACCUGAACGCACGUAAACCUCAUCGUCCCCGGACGGGACCUCCGAGAUUCUUAACCAAUUUUCGGGUACCGGAACAGCUUACUCACCUGCACCGGCUAGUUUCAGUUAGCGAUGAGUCGUGCCUUCGCAACUUACGUAUGGACUGUAACGCCUUCGGUCGGCUGUGCUAUUUGCUCCAACAUGCCGGUGGAGUUUCAGAAAGCAGGGCUUGUACCGUACCGGAGCAAGUCGCUAUUUUUCUUAGUGUUGUCGCCCAUCAUAAAAAGAUUUGUGUGGUGAAGCAUGAUUUCUUACGUUCCGGCCGCACGAUCCACAAACAUUUCCAUCGGGUCCUUAGAGCAGUUAUCAAACUGUACAACAUACUCCUAGUCCGAUCUACCCCAAUUACUGACGAUUGCGUCGACCCACGGUGGAAAUGGUUUAAGGGUUGUCUCGGGGCGUUGGAUGGAACCUUCAUUGACGUCCGAGUACCUGAGGCUGAGAAGGGACGGUAUAGAACCCGCAAAGGCCACGUUGCUGUGAAUGUACUUGGUGUGUGCAACCCUAAUAUGCAAUUCAUAUACAUUCUUUCUGGUUGGGAGGGGAGUGCAGCGGAUAGCCGUGUUUUGCGUGAUGCAGUUCACAGACAGGGUGGACUAAGAAUUCCUACAGGACAAUACUACUUGUGUGACAAUGGCUAUGCCAAUGCUGAAGGUUUCUUGACGCCUUACCGAGGUGUAAGGUACCACUUACGCGAAUGGGACAGUGGAGCUGGUGGGCCCCAAGAUAAAUUUGAAUUUUUCAACUUGAAGCACUCUUCCGCCCGGAAUGUCAUUGAGCGUACUUUUGGUCUACUGAAAAUGCGAUGGGGAAUUCUAAGGAGUCCAUCAUUCUACCCCAUUAAGGUGCAAAACAGGAUCAUCUUGGCUUGUUGCUUGUUGCACAACUUUUUAAGGACCGAAAUGCCUGAUGAUCCGCUUGUGAACGAGUUGCCCAGUGAUGGAGCUGAAGGCGCUGAUGCAGAUGCCGAUUGCGUGUGGAACAUUGAGAGCAACCCUUCAUGGAAUUCAUGGAGGGAUGCAAUGGCGACGUCUAUGUACAACGAGUGGACGAGUUGCUCUUGACGUAGUUUUUCCAAUAUAAUGGCUGCAUCUUCCAUCAUUCAUAAAUCUUGUUCCGUGAAGGAUUAAAGUUCGGUUGUAAUACCAAAUGCUCUAUCCCCAAUGUUAUGUUGGCCUCUUAGGUCUGGGUGACGGUGCUGUUAAUGAGGGUUUUCUACUUGUUGUUGUUCGGAACAUUUAUGCUAC